AUGGCGCAUGCGCCGCUGGUCGCUGCCUCCUCCUCCGGAUCCUUCUGCCCGAGCGUACAAGGGCAGUGGGUAGCCCCGGGGGAAGCUGCUCCCCCUCCUCAUGUUAUCGACCUCCCGGAUGACGACGACAACGGUCCGUUGAGAGUGAGGAGGCACAAGAGGGCAUCGGCUGACAAGACCUCCCAAUCCGCUACGGCGUCCGAGGCCGUGGCUCGGGAUGGUGGUGACACCGCUCGGGCUUCUGUGACCUUCGCCGUUCCCCUGGCGAGUGCGCGGCCCUCGUCGUCGACUGCGGACCCGUCUUCACUUUUUGCCGCAUACCCCGUCCCUGAGGACCAAGCGGCUGCUGCAAAGGAGGCUAUACGCCAGGCGGGGAUCAUGAUGGAGCAAGUGAAGAUGGCUCGGGAGGCCAGCCAAGCAGCCUAUGACGCGAGUUCGGCUCUUCAGAGCAACGUCCAGAAAUCCUGCGAACUCGUAGCUCGCUAUACUGAGUUGGAGAAGCAGAAGAUUCAACUGAACCUUGAUCUGGAGCUGGCCAGAACAGAGCUGCAGAAGGUCAGAGACGGCGCCGCAGAAAAACUGACCGAAGCUCUAGCGAAGAAGGAUCAGGACUUGGCUGUUGCCCAACUUUGCUAG